CGGCGGGCGGCGGGCGGGCGGGCGAGCGGGGCCGCCGGCGGGGCCGCGGCCGAGCACCGGGGGAGAAUGACUCUGGAGUCCAUCAUGGCGUGCUGCCUGAGCGAGGAGGCGAAGGAGGCCCGCAGGAUUAACGACGAGAUCGAGCGGCAGCUGCGCCGGGACAAGCGGGACGCGCGCCGCGAGCUCAAGCUGCUGCUGCUCGGGACGGGAGAGAGCGGCAAGAGCACGUUCAUCAAGCAGAUGCGGAUCAUCCACGGGUCGGGCUACUCGGACGAGGACAAGCGGGGCUUCACCAAGCUGGUGUACCAGAACAUCUUCACCGCCAUGCAGGCCAUGAUCCGGGCCAUGGACACCCUCAAGAUCCCCUACAAGUAUGAGCACAAUAAGGCUCAUGCGCAGUUAGUUCGAGAAGUUGAUGUGGAGAAGGUGUCUGCUUUUGAGAAUCCGUAUGUAGAUGCAAUAAAGAGUUUGUGGAAUGACCCGGGGAUCCAGGAGUGCUAUGAUAGAAGACGAGAAUAUCAGUUGUCUGAUUCUACCAAAUACUAUCUGAAUGACUUAGACCGAGUUGCUGAUCCGACAUACCUGCCUACACAACAGGAUGUACUUCGAGUUCGAGUCCCCACCACGGGCAUCAUCGAAUACCCCUUUGACUUACAAAGUGUCAUUUUCAGAAUGGUCGACGUGGGGGGCCAGCGGUCUGAGAGGAGGAAAUGGAUCCACUGCUUUGAGAAUGUCACCUCCAUCAUGUUCCUAGUCGCCCUCAGUGAAUACGACCAAGUACUCGUCGAGUCUGACAAUGAGAAUCGCAUGGAGGAAAGCAAGGCACUCUUUAGAACAAUUAUCACGUAUCCCUGGUUCCAGAACUCCUCUGUCAUUCUGUUCUUAAACAAGAAAGAUCUUCUAGAAGAGAAAAUCAUGUAUUCCCACCUCGUUGACUACUUCCCAGAGUAUGACGGACCCCAGAGAGAUGCCCAGGCCGCCCGGGAGUUCAUCCUGAAGAUGUUCGUGGACCUGAACCCAGACAGCGACAAGAUCAUCUACUCCCACUUCACGUGCGCCACCGACACCGAGAAUAUCCGCUUUGUCUUUGCGGCCGUGAAGGACACCAUCCUGCAGCUGAACCUGAAGGAGUACAACCUGGUGUGACUGUGCCUCCUCGCGCUGCCCCGCGGCGCCAUGGAAGCUGGGCACAGGGGCUGCGGUUCUGUGGAAAACAGUUUGCAUAAUACUAAUUUAUUGCCGUCCUGAACUCUGCGAGCGCCUCUGCAGAGUUUGUAGUAAAUAUUAUGAUUUUAUUUAAACUCAGAGGAAAAACAGGAGCUGAAGUACAGAUCCCAGCACAUUUCCUCUCUUUCUCUCUCUCUCUCUCUCUCUCUCUCUCUCUCUCUCUCUCUCUCUCUCUCUCUCUCUCUUUCUCUCUCUCUCUCUGUCUUGGGGGGGAAACAAAACCUUGAGACUCAAAUGUAUUUUAAACUCUCAUGCACUCACAAAGAUAAAAAUUGUUUCUCUCUCUGUCUCUCUGUCUCUCUGUCUCUCUGUCUCUCUGUCUCUCUCUCUCUCUCUCUCUCUCUCUCUGAUUGAGCGGAGCAAAGCUGAUUACCCUUUUACCUGACCUCUACCCGUCCUUCAGAUUUUUUUCCAGAAUACAAGGGCCUCUUCCCCUAGUUCUCGGUCAAGUUUUUCUCUCGAAUGACACAUUCAAGAGAAGAUCAUUUGAUCUAAGCCAUUGUCAUCAGCUUGAUUUAUCCGUCUCUACUUCUUGACAAAAAGUCUUAAGUAUUCAUAUUAGUGUUUUCCAUGUAUUGGUCUGAAUGAACACCCAAUUUUUCUAGAAUAUGUCAGUCUACUGUCUUGCCUCCCUUGGGGUUGGCACAAUUAAAUGUCCAUCUAAUGGUUAUGUGUCAUUUCUUUGGAAUUUCGACUUUCAGCCAUAACUUAGUUGCUCAGAGAAAUGAGUUUGAAGUCAGUAGAGCGGGCCAAGACCUGGGGGUCCUUUAUUUUGAAAUGCCAUGUGCCAUUGUCCUCCCUCCCUUCCUUUCUUCUUGUUCUUUUUCUCACCGUCUCUUCUUUCAAUUACAGAUGCCAAAAAUUAUGCCAAAAGACACUACAUUAUUCCAAUGGCUGCUACCCAUUCUCUCUUCAUAGGUGAUUCAUUUUCCCCCACAGUUCAAUUUUUCCUCCCGAUUUUUCUUAGUGUUUAGGCCACAAUUUUUAAAAAUGACUUAUCAUGGGUAUUAUUGCCAAAACUGGCUUUUUGUUACAAAAUGAAAGACAUAAAAAUAUUUUUAAAAAUCACAAGUUAAAAGCCAGUAUCUUACAAUGAGAGAGUUAGACUGUGAAGCCUAAAAUCAUUGGCUGAGAAUGAACCUGAAAAUGCCAAUUGCCAAACAGUUGGUGACCGUAGAUUUGAUUAUCAUGGUCUGUUCUUCUCUUUGCCCUUCAGAGCACAUUGUUUUGUGUCCAUGUUCCAUGUCAAGUGUCCAAAUGGCAGUCCCAGGUCAUAUAACAUGAAAUAUGCUUAUCACUCUUCAUCUGAAGCCAGUUCUACGCUUUUUCUCUGUGCUGUAAGGUCAUUUAGGUCUGACAGGAACAUUGCCUCAUAGUAUUCUGAUGCCUUUCAUUUGUAAAACUCUGGUUACAGCUGGUUCACCACCUUUGGAAUCUCCUGACCCUGAAAACUGGUUAAGUUGAACUCAAGGAGGAUUUGUGAACUUCAGAGUAACCUCUCAGUGUUCUUUCUAUAAAACAUGUAUUUAUGUCACUGAACCUGCUAAGAGAGAUGUUUGGAAUUAUUUACGUGCAAUUUUUCAACAGAUGUUAAAAAAAAAUCAUAGCACGUGUAUUGAUGGACUUCUGUCAAGCAGCCUGAUUUAAUAAAUCGCUUCAGUUUGAGGCGAAAUGUGAUUUAACAGGUCAGGACUGAUUCAGAACGGCUGGGAAGUUAGAAUGACGGUCUCAUUUUUAAGCACUGUCUGGCAUGAGUCUAAACUUCCAUCUGAAUCACUCUUUUGGAACAAUAAAUGAGAGAGAAAAUUAAUGGCUUAUUAGAUAGGAACCAGAAUUACUUAGCAGUAAUGGAAUGUUCUCAUUCUUACUCUCCCAGUCUCGAGCUACACAAAUUUGUUUUUCUUCUUACUAAGAAAGCACCUGUAAUUUAAGAAACAGACAGCCAGCAGGCAUAGUGCAGUUAUGAAUGCUCUAAUCAUUGUACAUACAUCUCUCUCUUGGUAUUGCCGCAUCCAUACUGGCUUUGUAAUCAUUAAUUUUUGGGCAGAUUGAAUGUGCUGUAUUGAUAAUGUAUCUAUGUAAUUGUAUUGUAUGUCUCAUAGCUAAUUCACAUUUUGAAUAAUGUUAUUUUAUUUACUUUUUUAAGAGAGGAGAAUGUAAAUUUGUCAGUUUAUUUCUGACUAGGGAUUUUUUUUUCCAUUUAGAGAAGAAGAAAAAAAAAAACAACAAAACCGUACUAACGUACAGAGCGGUACUAGCAUUGUGCUGUAUAAAAUCAUUUGCACAUUCCUGAGUAGAGGUAUACUGAUUAUAAGACCCAAAGGUAAUUUCAUAGUAAAAUACAUACAAUCAGUUGGAGCUUUUAUACAAACAUGGAAACCAACUUUGUAGAACUUUUGCCAUUUGACCUAGGAUUGGAAUAUGAGCUUUUAUACAAUUCAUAUUCUUAUUUGGCAAAUGCAGUUUAGUAUUCCCUCUCUGGUGGCCUUUUUUAGAAAGGCAGUUUUCGAAGCUAUGGUGAUCCACUAAGGAAAUAUUUUCACAGCUAGAGACCACUGCAUGCCUGGAAGGGCAAUCUGAAAUUUGGUGCAGCGGGGGCGGGUGGGGGGGGAAGCAAAAUUUGAAGGUCUACAGUGUGUAUAGAGAUAACCUCAUUACAAGCUCAUAAGUGUUACAGUUUUAGGGAAUCAAGAUAUUCUAUUUAAUAAAGCUAUAGUAGAUGUAGUUGAUUAAAACCUGAUCUCAGAGCUCAAGGAAGCCGAGUUAACAGGGAAAGAUUGUUUUAUUUGUCUUUCUGAAGCUGGGGAGAAAUUGCUAUGCAGAAUUGAGGUGUGUGGCUUCUCUGCUCCUUGUAGGGUGCAUGACAAGAUCCCUUCUCUAGAGAAUGGAAAAAAUUGAUCACCCUAGCUGCAGUGAGGCCUAGAACCCUAAUUGUAUCCACACUAGUCAAUCGAAGCGAAAGGAUUUUCUUUUUUGUUUCUUCGGGGUUUUACUGAAGGGGCGAGGGGUGGGAAGGGAUUCUUUUCUGUUUUGUAUAAAAACAGAGUUUACUCACGCUUUCUAUUCUCUUGUGAUUGCAAAUGUUAGAAGCGUGUGUGCUACCGGGCUCAGAUUAUUAAUGCUUUAGGUGAUGGAGGCCGGUGGCAAGUUUCAUGGUGACUUGGGCAUACCUAUUCAAACACAAAAAGGAAAACCACAAGACACAGACGCAUCUUCAGCAUACCAAGGUGAGCGACCACCCAUUGCACUCUCCCUCCCAAAAUCCAUUGCAGUGUGCCAGUUUACAGACCAUCUCCCCUGGCUCAGGAUGCGGCAGUCUGAACCCACGCACAGAGAAUUCCUUAUUUGUAAAAUUGGGGGUUUGUACUAUGCCUUACAGAGCUUAAAUUCAGAAGUUUGUGCCUCAUCUCUGAAACAAAGGGAAAUCACUCACCCACUCUAAGGGAAAUGAAGCCCCUCACAGUUUUGGUUUUUUGUUUUGUUGACAUUUUCAUAGAGAGAGCUCUGUUAAAUGUCCUGAGAGGUGAGGGAGGGGGGUCGUAGGCAUGCACAGCUGUUGUGUUCUAUCAGCUGACAUCAAUAGAGGUAUUUGAAGAACACCUGAAACUUGUCUUUUUUGUGUGUAUAUUAUAACUAGCAGGCCUAAUGUUUUAAAAAAAAAAAAAGGUAAUUCAGCUAAAGGGCAGUUUACUUUUUGUACUUCAGACUAUUUUGAUUGUCAAGGUGUACGAACUGUAAUUUUAACAUUUCUACUGCCACAUGAUUGUAAAUUUAGUUGUCUUAAGUUAGGAUUUGAUGAAAAGCUAUUUAUGCUAGAUUUGGGUCAAAGUGACUUAUUUGCAAAAAAUAAAUAAAUAAUGGGAAGAAAGGGCUGCAUAAUGAGAUACUGCAAGACUCAGAAAUUGGUUGGAAACAGCCUUCAAAUUAUCCUUUAAUUUCCCUUUGUUUUCAGUUUCUCAAAAAGAACGAAUGAAAUAUAGUAGAAUGUUAACCCAUAUAAAAAUAAAGUGUACCCAAAUAUUGUAA